AUGGGUGUUAGAAGCGUUGCGUGUGAUCCUUGUCGGCGGGCAAAGUUAGCCUGUGACCAUGCGCGGCCCACAUGUUCCCGAUGCCGAGAUCGGGGACAAAGUGAGCUCUGCGUGUACAGAGCCCGUCCGUUUAGGAGAAGGAAUGAGAGCAACAGUGCUAAUGGAUCAGUGUUGCCAGCACCAUCAGAAAAUCAUGGGGGGCAUUAUACACGAAGCCCCCUCUAUCCGGGUAGCCAACGGAGAGGCCUUGUUGAUGGGCUACCAGUCAACUCAGUAGACCGAGAAGAUUCAAGCGCUCCAUCGCUCCCGCGUCAUUAUCCGAACCCUGGGUAUCUUGGAAUGUCCAGUCAUUCCACUAUAUUCAACCAGGUAUUUUCAUCUACGACGCCAAAUGGCGUGGCUCCUCAGCAAGAUGUGCAGCCACCUGCUCCGCCUAUUUCGCCCGCUCUCAAUGAUUCCAUCCAGGACUUGACCAUAUUGGAAAAGGGUUUGUUCGCGUUAAGUCGCUUGGAUCAACUGGACAUACCCAAACUUGGGUCUUUGGUGCAAUCUUGGCUUGAGAGGGGCGUAAAUCUCCCAUUGGCUGGGCCAUUUGUCGCCGAAUGCUCAAGGGCAGUUGCAAAUUGGAGCAACCAUCUGAAACCUUCCUGGAAUAGCCAAGAUUAUAGAAUUGAUACCCGUCAUCGGUUCAGAGGUCUUCUGGAAAGCACCCGGAAGCUGAUUGUCGUCCGGCAGGACUCAAGCUUUGAAUUAUUUCUCAGUCAGAUGGUCGGGGAGAAUUUACGAUUGGAGGCCCUCGGCAUCUUCUUAACGGCUGCUGCCCGAGCCACUUUGGACACUUGCUCUUUUACACCGCUGUUCUCAACUGAUCGGCAGCGUCGCGAGCUCAUUAAAGACAUAUCUCUUAUUGGAGACUGGUGCUUGGAAACAUGCCUUGCACUCGAUUGCUUGAAUGAUCUGCAACUGGUUCUUCAGUACGAAAACUUUAUAUUGCACUCCCAAGUCGACGGAGAUCAGAGCUACCACUCUUGGCGAAGGAUGGGAGAUGUCGCAAGCUCCCUUUUUGCUCUCGGAUACCAUGAGAGAAUCGACGAGGGCCUCCAUAACAUUCCCACUUUUCUUGCUGAGUUGCGGAGGGCGUGUUUUGCUCGUAUCUAUGCCGCCGAUAAAAGUUUAGCAAUAUUUCUUGGACGACCUCCAAGAAUCGUGAAGGACUACUGUUUUCUCCAGCUCCCAGCCCAUCCAGGGAUACGAAACGACGAACACGCAGCCGGACCUAACCACGUUCCUCAACCAAUCCAUUCGGAAACUCAUUGGGGGAUCAGCGACGGAAAUAAUAACCUCCCUGAACCUAUCAAUUAUACCGCAGACACACGUUGCUCGGCCUUGUUCGCGUCACUGAAGGAAGAAGUCUUGUUAAUGUUCCGUAAACGCCACCUCAACGAAACAGAAAGAAUAAGUGAACUUCGAUUACGCGUUGUCAAGCAAUGGCAGGAGUUGCCAGCUCACUUUCGUCUCCCCACCAGUCUGAAGGAUUGCGAUGGGCCCCCCUUUGAACGGGAUUUUCUUGCUGGGACUAGGCUUGAUUAUCUGCACAUCCUCCUUCUACUCGGGUUAGUCUCACAAAAGAGAGCGUCUGAACUAGAUGAGUCUCUUUUAGAGGUUGCAGGCGAGAUGCUCUCUAUCACAGUGGAAGUAAUCAUUCUCCGUGACCGUUUGGUGAAUUCUGGAACGUCUCUGAUCUGGAAAGUUGCACAGUAUGGUCUUCCAGCGGCAGGAAUUGUUUCACUGGCCCUUUUGCGUCCGAUAAGUGCGGACUGUAGGCCAUUUCCACGGUCAAAGAUGUUACAAGACUUGAGUACGCUUGUCGCAGAAAUCUCCAUCGGAGCAUGGAUCCAAGCCGGGGAGCCCAAUUUUGCCCUUUUUACUCGCGCUACUCAAACUAUUCGGAGCUUGCUAGAUUCUCUGACUGCAUGGAAACCACAUACCGAACUCUGUAGUUCACAUCAAAAUGAGAACACUGAUCUCACGGAAGACUGGAAUGCGUUCAUUGACUCACAGCCUUGGGAAUUCGAGAUGGAUUUCUGGGCUAAUUUGGCAGAACAUCCAACUUUAAUUGGUUGA